AUGCACGUCUGGAGCAGCGUGCAUACGGAAGCAGAACGACCUUGGAUCAGGUGCAGUCGCUAUAGGGACUGUAACUUAAGCGGUCGCACCAUCCUGAGCGUCAGGAAAGAAUCCAACGGCCACAGCAGACGGCCACAGCAGAAAGGCAAGUUGGAGGGAAAAGACGCUCCCUGGAGAGUUCUUUGCCGCGGGAGCGUGCCAUGGCGGGCGGCAUGGGGUGGUCCUCGCGCCGUCUUUGCGCUUCUCCCCUCCGACGUCGACCGCGUCCGCUUCCGCGCCGCCUACGCGGCCUGGCCCGCCGCCGCCGCCUGGCGCCCGCGCCCCUGGCUCGUGGGCUCGCGCACCGACCGCUCCGGCCGCGGCGGCGGCGCCGUCUCGUCCUUCCGGCUCUCCCCCGGCGCCGGCCUCCUCCGGCCCUUCGUUGCCGCCGUGCCCGCGGGGCUCGAGUACCUAUCUUCCUCCCGCGGGUACCUCGCGCUCUCCGACCCCAGCAUCAGCCCCAAGGCGGUCGUCCUCGUCAACCCCGUCACCGGCUGGCGCGUCCGCCUCCCGCCCAUCGGCUUCUUCAGGAGGUGGCUCGACGUCACCACCGUCGUGUUGUCCGCCGACCCGGGCGCCGCGGCCGAGUGGGCUGCGGUCGCGGUCGGGUUCCCGAUGACAUCCCUCACGUACUAUAGCUCCGCCGCCGGGGCGUGGGCGCAGCUCGACUUCGCGGCCCCCGGCUACGCCGGCGUCGAGCACUACAUCGGGCGGUUCUACGUGGCCUUCGGCUCCCGGAUCUGCGUCCUCGAGGCCGACGGGGACGCGGCCGCGGUCAUCCCGCUCGAGCGCGUCGACAAUGGCGACGGCGCGGACGGUUUGGACGACGAACCGGAGCUCCCCGGCGGCAGCGGGAGGCGCAUCUUGGAGACGCACCUGGUGGAGUGCGAUGGCCAGCUGUUCCUCGUCUCGGUGCACGACGACGACAUGGGCGGCCUCGCCGUGGACGAAGGGGGCGGCAAGGGCGGCGGGGACGCGAGCGCGGCUGAUGAGGGAGACGGACCUCGGCCGGAACGCGCUGUGGCCCUUGGAUUCGUUCCUGACGCUCAGGAUGGUGCGACCGCUUAAGUUGCAAUCGCUAUAGCGACCCUGAUCCAGGUCCCGCGCAGACGAGCACUUUUCUGCACCAUUUUGGAUUGGAGCCAUCCGUGUCAGGCCCUGUUUGGUUCCCUAGCACAAUUU